AUGAGGACUCUGGAGGAUGAACUAACGUCGGCGGCCGCGACGGGGAACGCAGCCGAAGUUGAGCGACUCCUCCGGGCUGGAGCAGACGUCAACGGGGCCAACCAGCUGGGAUAUACCGCUCUGCAGGUGAUGAUGAUGGGCAGCACGACGGUGGCCGAGCUCCUGCUGUCCGGCGGCGGCAACCCGAACGUGGCCGACGCACACACCGGGAGCACGCCGCUGCACGACGCCGCCCGGACUGGCUUCGGGGACACCGCGCGGCUUCUGGUCCGCUUCGCCGCUUCCCCGCAGGCCAGGGACAGCGCCGAUUGUCGGCCCGUGGAUGUGGCCCGGAGACACGGCCACGCAGACGUCGUGGCCUUCCUGGACUCUCUGUGA